AUGACACACAAAUUUCUGGGAUUAUCAGAAAAACCAGAACUGCAGCCCCUCAUAUUUGGGCUUUUCCUCUCCAUGUACCUGAUCACUGUGUUUGGAAACCUACUCAUCACCCUGGCCGUCAGCUCAGACUCCCACCUCCACACCCCUAUGUACUUCUUCCUCACCAACCUGUCCUCUAUAGACAUUUGUUUCACCUCCACCACCAACCCCAAGAUGCUUCAGAACAUCCAGACUCAGAGUAAAGUCAUAACUUAUGAUGGCUGCAUCACUCAGAUAUACUUUUUCCUACUCUUUGCUGGAAUGGAUGAUUUUCUCCUGGCUGUAAUGGCCUAUGACCGCUUUGUGGCCAUCUGUCACCCCUUGCACCACACAGUUAUCAUGAACCCAUGUUUCUGUGGACUGUUGGUUCUGGUGUCCUGGAUGAUGAGUGCCCUGCAUUCCUUGUUAGAAAGCUUGAUGGUAUUGUGUCUGUCCUUCUGUAGAGAGGUGGAAAUUUCCCACUUUUUCUAUGAAAUCAAUCAGGUGGUCCGAUUUGCCUGUUCCGACACCUUUCUUAAUGAUAUAGUGAUGUAUUUUGCAACUGCCCUGCUGGGUGGUAGUCCCCUUGCUGGUAUUAUUUACUCUUAUUCUAAGAUACUUUCAUCCAUAGUUGGGAUCUCAUCAGCUCAGGGCAAGUAU